GUCUUCUUCUCCUCCUCCUCCUCCUCCUCCUCCUCCUCCUCCUUCCGGCCUGCUGAGAGGCGAAAGCCGGGAGCUGGAGUUCACCACAGCGGACUCACCAUGGCGGUAAACCUGGACAAGGAAGCCUACUACCGCCGGAUCAAGAGACUGUACAGCAACUGGAAGAAAGGAGAAGAUGAGUUUGGUAAAGUCGACGCCAUCGUGGUGUCUGUGGGCGUGGACGAGGAAAUUGUGUACGCCAAAUCCACGGCCAUACAGACGUGGCUCUUUGGCUACGAGUUGACGGACACCAUCAUGGUGUUCUGCGAGACCAAAAUCAUCUUCCUCGCCAGCAAGAAGAAGGUGGAUUUCCUCAAACAGGUGGCCAUAACGAAAGGCAACGAGAACGCCAACGGUGUCCCGCCCAUCACCCUGCUCACCAGAGAAAAGAAUGAAAGCAACAAGGGCAACUUUGACAAGAUGAUCGAGGCGAUCAGAGGCAGCAAAGAGGGCAAGACGGUGGGAAUCUUCAGCAAGGACAAAUUCCCCGGAGAGUACAUGAAGAGCUGGAACGACACAAUCACCGCCGAGGGGCUGGAGAAGGUAGACAUCAGUGCCGUGGUCGCGUACACGAUGGCGGUGAAGGAAGACGGAGAGCUUGGCCUGAUGAAGAAGGCAGCGGCCAUCACCAGCGAGGUUUACUCAAAGUUCUUCAAGGAGCGCGUCAUGGAGAUUGUUGAUGCGGACGAGAAAGUGCGUCACAGCAAGCUGGCAGAGUCCGUGGAGAAGGCCAUCGAGGAGAAGAAGUACCUGGGCGGUGCAGAUCCCUCCACAGUGGAGAUGUGUUAUCCUCCUAUCAUCCAGAGUGGAGGGAACUACAGCCUCAAGUUCAGCGUCGUCAGCGAUAAGAACCACAUGCACUUCGGUGCCAUCACGUGCGCCAUGGGGAUCCGUUACAAGUCGUACUGCUCCAACCUGGUGCGCACCCUCAUGGUGGACCCCCCUCAGGAGAUGCAGGACAACUACAACUUCCUGCUGCAGGUGGAAGAGGAGCUGCUCAAACAGCUCAAACACGCUGUAAAAAUCAGUGAGGCCUACACCGCUGUUCUGGAAUACGUGAAGAAAGAGAAGCCAGACCUCGUAGCUAAGCUGACCAAAAACCUUGGCUUUGCAAUGGGAAUUGAGUUCAGAGAAGGCUCCUUGGUUUUGAAUGCUAAAAACCAGUACAAACUGAAGAAAGGCAUGGUGUUGAGUAUCAGUCUGGGUUUUGCCGACCUUCUGAAUAAAGAGGGCAAGAAGGACGAGCAGAAGAAGUACGCCUUGUUCAUCGGUGACACAGUACAGAUCAAUGAGGAAGAGGCCGCCACGAUACUCACGCCAGUCAAGAAAAAGAUAAAAAAUGUGGGAAUCUUCUUGAAGAAUGACGACGAGGAGGAUGAGGAGGAAGAUGGAGACGACGCCGAGGAGCUGCUGGGGAAGGGAGCUCGCAGUGCCGCCCUGCUCGCGGACAGAACCAGAAACGAGAUGACGGCAGAGGAGAAGAGGCGAGCCCACCAGAAGGAGUUGGCUAAUCAUUUGAACGAAGAAGCCAAGCGUCGUCUGACGGAGCAGAAAGGAGAGCAGCAGAUUCAGAAGGCGAGAAAAUCCAACGUGUCCUAUAAGAACGUCUCUCAGAUGCCCCGAGAAAAGGACAUCAGAGAAAUGAAAAUCUUCAUCGACAAGAAGUACGAGACCGUUGUCAUGCCCGUUUUUGGUAUCGCCACACCGUUCCACAUCGCCACCAUCAAGAACAUCAGUAUGUCGGUAGAAGGAGACUACACCUACCUGAGGAUCAACUUCUACGUCCCCGGCAGUUCUCUGGGACGACAGGAGGGAAAUAUCUUCCCCAACCCCGACGCCACAUUUGUUAAAGAAAUCACCUACCGAGCGUCCAACCUGAAAGCUCCCGGCGACACGUCGGUGCCCUCCACCAACCUGCAGAACGCUUUCCGCAUCAUCAAGGAGGUGCAGAAGCGCUACAAGACGCGAGAGGCCGAGGAAAAGGAGAAGGAGGGCAUCGUCAAGCAAGAUUCGCUGGUCAUCAACCUCAACCGCAGCAACCCCAAGCUCAAAGACCUCUACAUCAGACCCAACAUAGCACAGAAGAGGAUGCAGGGCUCGCUGGAGGCACAUACUAAUGGUUUCCGCUUUACAUCGGUCCGCGGCGAUAAAGUGGACAUUCUUUACAACAACAUCAAACACGCCAUCUUCCAGCCGUGUGACGGGGAGAUGAUCAUCGUACUGCACUUCCACCUCAAGAACGCCAUCAUGUUCGGAAAGAGACGCCACACGGACGUCCAGUUCUACACGGAGGUCGGGGAGAUCACCACAGACUUGGGCAAACAUCAACACAUGCACGACCGAGACGACCUGUACGCCGAGCAGAUGGAGCGGGAGAUGAGGCACAAGCUCAAGUCGGCCUUCAAGAACUUCAUCGAGAAGGUGGAGACGCUGACUAAAGAAGAGCUGGAGUUCGAGGUGCCCUUCAGAGACCUGGGAUUCCAGGGCGCCCCCUACAGGAGUACCUGCCUGCUACAACCUACGUCCAGUUCUCUUGUCAAUACUACUGAAUGGCCGCCGUUUGUGGUGACUCUGGACGAGGUUGAGCUGGUCCACUUUGAGCGUGUGCAGUUCCACCUGAAGAACUUCGACGUGGUCAUCGUGUACAAGGACUACAACAAGAAGGUCACCAUGAUCAACGCCGUGCCCGUCAACUCCCUCGACCCCAUCAAGGAGUGGCUCAACUCGUGUGACAUCAAGUACACGGAGGGAGUCCAGUCUCUGAACUGGACCAAGAUCAUGAAGACCAUCGUCGACGAUCCCGAGGGCUUCUUCGAGCAGGGAGGCUGGUCUUUCUUGGACCCCGAGAGCGAGGGAAGCGGCGCGGAGGAAGACUCGGAGUCAGAAAUGGAGGAUGAGACUUUCAACCCAUCUGCUGAUGAAGAAGAGGAGGAGGAGGAAGACAGUGAUGAAGACUACGACUCAGAGACGGAGGACUCUGGAACAAAUUACAGCGCGUCCAUUGGCAGCGAGGAGGAGAGCGGUAAAGACUGGGACGAGCUGGAGGAAGAAGCCAGGAAAGCUGACAGAGAGAGCCACUACGAGGACGAGGACACGUCCACCACCGUCAACAAGAAGAGAAAGGUCCGGGCAGUGGCUCCGCCCAGCAAGAAGAAGCGACGGUCCUAAAUGUUUCCUACACACACAUACACACACACUGCCAAACCUAGUUGACCCUUGACCUUUCCUUCUACCCCAACUGGCUCUUUUGACUCGUACACUUCACACACACACACACACACACACACACACACACACACACACACACACACACUGUAUAUAGACGUAGAAGCCCCUUAUUUCUGUGUUGGUCAGUGAAGUGUCAUGUUGAAAUGGUAAGAAAGAACCAGCAGGACAGUCACACACACACUUCAUUCAUCAGCUUCCCCCCCCUUCCUCUUCAUUCCUCUUCCUCAUUCUCUUAUUUUGUUUCCACCACCCAUCUCCAUCCAUCCAUCAGGGUUUCAUGUUUGUGUGAGUGUGUGCGCAUGUGUGUGUUUAAAUGGGUUUUUAUUGCAAGCAUUGUUUAUUUUCUGUUUAAACAAAGAUGAGUUUCUUAACUAACGGAUAAUAAAAGAAAAAGACUUGACAUGUCGUCUGCCAAGUGUUUUAUAUAAAAAAACUGAGAAACUUAUGAUUCACCCUGAUCCUCUUUCCUCUCCACCUCCUCGUCUACGUUUCACUUUCUCCCCCUCAUUUUCUCCUUCAGUGUUUGUUGAAUUGUGCUAACAAAAUGGAGCAGUUGUCUUUUUUUUGAGGAGGGGGGCGGGCAGAUACAUUUUCAGAUUAUUUCUUUUUUAAAAACGGGGGUUUGUAAAUGCACACAAACACACACACACACAUACAUACACCGUCUCACCCACUUGUCCUCUCUGUCCCCCCCCCCCUUUUUUUUGUUUAUUCUGAGUAGAUACGUUGUUGUACUGUUUAAUUCUGAAAAUCCUGUUUUUGUAAUAAAAUUAAAAGGAACUGUA